AUGACUGAGCUGGCGGCUGGUGCCGUGAGCUCACUGCUGGUCGUCGUCCGCAACGAGGCGUUGCUGCUUGGCGGCAUCCGGGACGACGUGCAGUUCAUUAAGGAGGAGAUGGAGAGCAUGAAGAGUUUCCUGGCGCACCUAGCCCGGAGCACGCCCCCCGGCAGGGAGCACGACGAGCAGGUGCGCACCUGGAUGAACCAGGUGCGGCUGCUCGCCCAGGACUGCCACAAACUGCAUCGACCUCUACCUGUACAGCGGGAACCCCGACAUCCACCGUGCCAAGGGCAGGCUCCGGCGCUACCUCUGGUGGGUUUACUGGUUCCUGCGCAAGCUGCUCUCGCGGCGGUGCAGUUACGCCAGCUCAAGGACCGGGCGCAUGAUGUCGGCGAGCGACGCUUGAGGUACGGCGUGGAGGUCCCAGUGAAGCCAGGGUCGGGGCAAUCGCCUCCGACAGCUGGCCGGUUAGCUGCGGCGACGGCAUCUUCAUCGGCACGGACUACUGCGCCCGGUGGCUAUGCUGCUGCCGGAGUCGACAACGAAGAAGAAGAAGAUGAAGAAGAUGGUGACGACGACCAACUCGUGGGGGCAACGGCGACCGGCGGUCACUCUGGUCGAAGAGCCUUCAUUCACCCUCACACUCUGGACGACUACGUUAAGGCAAAGCUAUGGGAGUGGGGAGGAAAAAUUCCUCAAGACGCCGGCAAAAGUCUGUCCAUGGUCAUUAUGGCACCGUAUAUAUAUCAGGAUCUCCUCGCUCUCGUACAAGAAAUUUGGGUUUCCAAGGGCAUGGGCUACCAACGCAUGGUCUUGGUCGACAUCCCGGCCGUGCACCACGAUCUUAUGCCUCUACGAGCCAAGGAAGUCCUCUUCUACAUUCAGCGCGAGCUCAAGCAAGCGAAACCCCAACCCCAGGAGCAAGGCCCAGAUGAAGGCGAAGGGGAACGGGAAAUGAGGGCUCUUUCCCUUCUUAAAAUCGAGGAGAAUAUCAAAGAGAUGAAGGUCUAUGAGAAGCUUGACAAAAUCAAAAGUGAUAUCCAAGGUCGACUAUUAGGGAGUGGCGACGGACUACCCAAGGGUGACAAGGUGCUGUGUGAGCAUGACCACCUAGACAUUGACGUACUCCUUCAGCUGCUGCUCCAUGCAGCUGUUGCUGCGUCUCAACAAGACCAAGGCAAGAACAAAAACAUACCUAUACCACGCAGAUCGUCGAGAAGCUUAAGGUGA